ACAGACUAAUCUAUACACAUGGGUGACAAAAAUGAUAGCUGUGUGUGUCGUUCAUGGAGGAGUUGGACCACAUUUCUUCUCUGAAAGGCUUUUCCAGCAGAUCUGUGGGAUACCAACAUCCCUCGCCAAUGUAGAUGAAGUUUGUGACCAUACCUUCAGGCAACAGUUAAUCAAAAUACAGGAAACGACAACGGUCCAAGAGGCAAACAGUGCCAUUGCAGAGGCAGCAGACAGUCUCAGCAUUAUUGGUGCCUUGAGACAUGUCUCCAACCUGAAAGAGAGGGACUCCCUUGUCCAGUCUGCUGCAGACUUUUUUGUCAAUGGAAGGAUGCAGACUGCCCUGGACCAGUUUGUCGAGGGGUUUAGAACCCUAGGAUUACUGGAGGAGCUUAGAGAGAAUCCAGCAGUGUUCCGCAGCAUGUUCGUCAGUGAGGAGAGGCCACUGCAGGCGAAGGACCUCUUCUCUCUAUUUGGAGUUGACUACUCUGUGCAGGGCAGCAACAAAAGAGCCAAAGAAAACAUCACAAUAUGCUACUGGCGUGACUGGCUCAUUGAUAUCGAAGAAGGAGAAUGUAGUCCAAUCACACUUGAGAAGGUACUGGAGUUUACCUCUGGAGCCUCAACAGUGCCUCCACUCGGAUUUCCACACCGUCCACAAAUUCACUUCAUCCACGAAGCCAACAGAGUGUUUCCAGAGGCGAACACCUGCCUCAUAAUCCUCCGCUUGCCCAUACAUAGUGAUUAUGAGGACUUCAGGAAAUACAUGGAGGAGGGCAUUCUGCAGGCCCCUACUUUUGGUGUUGCGUGA